GCUGACAGUGACCCACCGGGGCCCUCUUGCUGCAUGCACUUCUCCCAACAAACACGUCGGGAUCUCAGGCUGACUGCGGAGGGUAAGCCCCCUCGAGGCGAAUGAAGAAGUAUCUCCUGCUUCACUUCACAUACAGAGGUCUCGUGAGAAAAGGAAAAAAGAGUAAAAGAAGAAAAUGGACACGUUUAACUUACGGAAAGCCGAACCCAAGGAUGUGUCUGACAUACUGCGCCUCAUAAAGGAACUUGCAAAAUACGAAGAAAUGGAGGAUCAAGUGAAACUGACUGAAAAGGAUCUCCUGGAGGACGGAUUCGGUGACCACCCAUUUUACCACUGCAUCGUGGCGGAGCGGCAAGGGGAGCAGAGCAACGACGUUCCAACGUUGAUCGGGUUUGCCAUGUACUACUUCACCUACGACCCCUGGAUCGGCAAGCUGCUCUACUUGGAAGACUUCUUCGUCAUGGAGGAGUACAGAGGGAAGGGCAUCGGUUCUGAGAUCUUGAAGCUCCUCAGUCAUUUGGCGAUGAAGACCCGCUGCAGUAGCAUGCACUUCAUCGUGGCGGAGAACAACAAGGAGUCCAUCGACUUCUACAAGCGGCGCGGCGCCGACGACCUCUCUCAGGAGGAGGGCUGGAGGCUCUUCCGGUUCAACAAGGACAGCCUCCUCAAGAUGUCCUCUCCCGGGGAGGAGUGAGCUGGCCCCGAGCACCGGCGGAAGGAAAGAGGAAGACUGGGGCGAUGAAGGAUGAGGGGCGGUAAUCAGGCCAGAGUCAUAGAUGGAGAGUUUGGCUGCCAGUUUUUUUUUUCCUCCACAAACUAGGCACCUGGUGAACGCUCUUAGCCGUAACUAUGGUGGUUGGCCGAGGUGUGGACACCACCCACCUGUUAAUCUGAUGAUAAAGUGCUCUUUGCAUGGCACGGCCAACCUGCCUAGGAGCCGUUUAAACUCUGUGUGUAUUGCUCUGGUAGACUCCUCGACUUGACCCUCAUCUCGAAGGAGGUUUGAUAUUUAUCUUGAGUCACCAAGGUUUGAAAAGGGGCAUUAAUCGUAACUGUAGACUGUGUGUAGUCAUGGAUGGAAACAUUGUGUUCAAAACAAAGCGCUGUUUUCACUGAUUUUUGCUUUGAAGUACCUCACAUAUAUGGGCUUAGUGUCUUUGUGUAAUGCUUUCUGAAUCACAUUGAAUUCUUAUAUCUAAUGCAGGAAAACUAGUGUGUUAUAAAGUAAUGUGAUAUUAACACUGAUAAUAAAGAGUAAAACGAG